CAUUAACAUUGCCAUCAUUGUGAUUAGAAGUGCAAAGGAAAAACAUGGUGGAAAUACAAAAGCCACAUUCGGCAUUGAAGCGUCCAUCGCUAAAGCGUGAAACAGUCGUCGUCAACAACAGUGCGCCCAUCAAAAAAGUCACUCUCGUGCCCAAGGAUGAGGAACUUGUCGCCAUAUCACCAGAACGUCGAAAUUGGCGUGGCAUAUUCAUAGCUCUAUUGGUAAUUGCCGCUGUCUUUAGCUUGAUCAUAUUUUCGAUAUUUUUGCUAUCGCCGGAAGAUGAGGGUCUACGGAUACGGGGACGCCGUAUGUUGCCCAGCGAUAUAUUGGGCAAAAGUCUGCAAUGGCGGCCAUUUAAUGGCACCUGGAGCAAUGACAAUGAGCUGGUCUAUCGCGACCCAACUGGCGGCCUCUCCAUACUCAAUAUGGCCGAUUAUACCACCCGCAUUCUUAUGACCAAUUCGACAUUUCGACAAUUGAAUGCGGAAUCAUUUCUAGUUGCACCCGAUCAAAAGUAUGUUCUACUUCAAUCGGACAGUAAUGCCGAAGGAUCUAGACACCAUGUGUAUGAGGUACAAACAGCGAAUACAUUUCCACUGGGACCAACGGAGAAUAUUGCCGAAGCUCCACGUCUGCAGCAUGUGGUUUGGGCACCAAUCAAUCCACCACCACCGCCAGCACCCAUCUCGUCAUCAACGUCUACGUCUACGAUGGCUCCAUUGCCGAGCGGAAGUAUAAUUCUCAAUAGUCUGGCUGGUGCCGCAGCAGGCGGCAAACCCAUAGUGCCCAGUAGCCCGGCUGGGUCGUCGAAUGGGGCUGGCACAACGGGCAGCACAUCGGCCCCCUAUUCGCUGAAUCAGGCGAUUGCUUUUGUCCACUAUAAUGAUAUCUAUUACAAGCCCAAGGUGCAGGGCGAGCUAGUCUGUCGCAUUACCCAUACUGGAUUGGGGGGCAUCUAUUACAAUGGUAUACCCGAUUGGACAUAUGAGAAUGUUCCCGAAUUGAUGGAAAGUCGGAUGAGUAGCAUGGCCUUCUCGCCGGAUGGACUGUUUCUGGCCUUUCUUAGCUACAAUGACAGCGAUGUCAAUGAGUACAAAUACACUUGGAUGGGCGAUGACAUCAAGUAUCCAGCGGUAUUGACUCAACGAUAUCCCAAGGCCGGGUCCCGCAAUCCGAAUGUGACGGUGAAUGUGGUCAAUUUAUCGGUGAUCAAGUACAUAUUUCCCAUUCAAAUCAAAUUGCCCGCCGAACUGGCCAACGGAAGCUAUGUGGGCGGUCUCACCUGGGCCUCGCCCAUCGAUCUAUCGGUCACAGUGACAAAUCGCGAUCAGACAAAAGCAACGACAGUGAUUUGCCGUGCACCGCAAUUCAAUUGCCAGGUGGUCCACACAGAGGUGACCAUCAAUGAUGGCUGGGUCCUGCCGGCGGAGAAACCAAUAUUUUCCGCCCGAAUUGCUGCCCAAAUGCGAGUUCUGGGACAACGGCAACUGCAGAUGCAAAUGCAAUGGCAAUUACAAUUGCAGGAGACCCAAGGCAAAUCAUUUACGAGCAAUGAGAGUCUGGCCAAUGUGACAAAUGGACAGACCACUUACGAAAUAUCCCAAGGUGGCUAUCUGCUGAAACGUUUGCCGGUGCGAGAUGGCGAACAUGGCCAUUAUCGGCAUGUGGUGUUCAUUUCAUCACUGGAUCGGCGACCAGUGCCACUUACCAUGGGCCGAUUUGAGGUCACCGAAAUACUUGGCUGGGAUGAGGCCAAUGAAAUUGUUUACUUUAUGGCUGCUCCUGAGAAACGUCCGGGCGAACGGCAUCUCUACAAGAUCAGCCUUAAACUAAACGUUACCGAAUCGAAUCGCACAUAUAUAACAUCGACUCAACCCACAUGUCUGACAUGCGACAAUACGGAGGCGACCUAUCGUUUGCAUAGAGCGCGUAGUACGGGUCCAUCCUCAUCCGCAUCCUCCUCCUCCCAAUCAUCGGGAUCAUCAUCUGGAUCGUUUGUGGGCAACGAUGAUCGAUGGGAUGAUAUAGUUGCACGCCUCGAGCCAGAUGAUUGUAUCUAUGAUAUACCCAAAAAUUGUCUAUACAAUCGUGUGCAAUUUAGUCGUGACUUUGGCUACUAUGUACAAGAAUGUCUUGGUCCCGAAGCGCCCAGUGUCUAUCUGGUUGAGACGGCUACCAACGAAAAGGUAUUCGUUCUCAAUGCCGGCGAUGUGUUACGCCAUCGUCUUGCCCAGUUGGCCGUGCCCCAAAUGCGAACAUUUAGUGUGGAAAUACGUCAUGGAUUCCAUGCACAGGUGCGGCUCUUUAUGCCACCCGGCAUGCGUGAGGAAGAAGAGGUGGCAUUUCCUUUGGUCCUGCAUGUCGAUGCCUCACCGGGCUCACAAUUGGUCACAGAGCGUUUCCAUGUCGACUGGAAUUGGUAUUUGGCCAGUCAACGUAGUUUCAUUGUGGCCCAAAUCGAUGGUCGUGGCAGUGGCUAUCAGGGUGAACUGUUACGUACUCAGGUCCAUGGCAAAUUGGGCACCGUUGAGGUGGAAGAUCAACUGGGUGUUCUUACAUAUUUGCGCGAUAAUCUCAAAUUUAUCGAUCCAUUGCGCAUUUGCGCCUUUGGCUGGGGCUACGGUGGCUAUGCAUCUGCCAUGAUGCUAAUCGAUGACUCUCAACAGGUUCUCCAAUGCGCUGUGGCCAUAAAUCCCAUAGUUAGCUUUGGCUAUCAUUAUUCAUUUUUCACCGAACGCUAUAUACCGCUUAAGGGCGACUAUUUGCGUGCAUUGCAAGAGGCCGAUCUAACAAUGAAAGCUGGCAAUAUCAAGGGACGUAAUCUAAUGCUAAUGCACGGCACCGCCGAUACAUUGGUUCAUCAGGAGCAUACUUUAAUGUUGGUUAGAGCACUGGUCGAUCAGCAAGUUAAGUUCCGUCAUCAGGUCUAUCCUGAUGAGGAUCAUACAAUUGGCCGAUCGCUAAGUCAUGUCUACAAGACAAUGGAAUGGUAUUUCGAUGAAUGCUUCGGCCCUGUCGAUGAUAACGAGUGGGAUCCGACGGGAUUAUUUGUGUUUAAACAAUAAUUAAGACCCCCCUACGAUCCUUACGACGAGGAUCCGUUGGCCAAUCAGCUUAACGAUAUUGAAAUCAAUCCGGAUCCAGAUCCGAGCAGUAAUCUAACAGCCACAACAACGACAACAACAACGCUCGGAUCAGCGCUAGAUGAAUUAGAUCAUAGCCUACAAGUGCUCGAUCUAAUGACCUCAACGACAACGACACUAAGCAAAAAAUUCUCGGGAAAAUUAUGCAAUUACAGUAGCAAACGGAAAUUGCAGCCAUCGCAAACGGCGUUGGCCAAGAAAAUGAAGAUACUACAGCACUAACAAGCGAGUAAAAUGCAAUUGUAAAACGAGCGAGUGCCAACCAGCGAGUGAAUAGUGAGCGAUUGAGAGUAAGCUAGUGCGAUUGAGCGAGUAACUCAGUAUUUAUGUAUUUUACGCUCCAAUUUACUCUUUUUUCUUCGAUCACUACUUCAACGCGUUGAAAGUAUCUUCAAGAAAUUUUCAAAAUAAUUGCAAAAAAUAUAAAAAUAUAUAUUAUUUGAACAAUUUUUUAUUGGAGAAAGAGAGCUAUAAGCCAGCCAGGUGAUUCAUUUAUGCGACUGAUUAAUUAACAUAUUGUAUUUAACAUAAUUAAAACAAAAUAAAACUUGAGAAUUGAGCAAAUUGUCGUUGCCGUGCGCAAAUUCGUCGUCGGUGAUUCCGUAGGGGAAAAACAACCAAAAAUAAAAACCAAAAAAACCAAAAAACAUAAUAAUA